AUGACAGUGUAUGAGGAGUUUGGCCGCCUCAUUCCUGGCUUUGCCCCAAGUCAACCUACUCAGUGUUAUGGCGGUUCUGGAUCCUCUGCAAUUCUUGCAGCACCUACGAACUCUUCUGAAAACACUGGACUGGUCUUUUCCCUUAGUGGUAACUUAUCUUCUUCCGGAUCGGUGUCUACUUCUUCCCCAACUUCUCAUGCAGCUACCCUGGCUGCUCGUCAAAUGAUGCAACAGCAGCAGCAGCAGCAACAGCAUCUUCAGGCUACAACCAGAGCCACUAGUUUCGCAAAUACAAGUGUCACUCAGCCUCCACAGCCCCAGCAGCAACAACAACAACAUUCGAAUAAUACUUUGCAUCAGCAUCAACAACAACAACAACAGGCUGCUGCAUUGAUUUUACAACAUCAGCAACAUUCACGUGCUCAGAUUCAGCAGCAAUUACAUCACCAGCAAUUGCAACAAGCAAUCCAGCAGCAACAGCAACAACACCCUAUGUCUCAUUCUCAAUCUUUACCAUCCCCGGGACAAAUUCCAGUAUCUGGUCUAUUCGAUAAGAUAACCGAUCAAAUCGAAAGGCAUGUUGGUGCUAUCGCUAAUUUACUUCGAAAUCAACCUGUGGUAGCAGAACGCAUUCUCCGUUCCUUACGCUGCCUUAUCGACGCUGCUCAUCUCGCAAAAACAAGUCGUGAUCCAUCAAUUGCCUCUGACGUUAUCGCCACAGUGCUGGUUUCUCUUCUAGAACACUUCCGCCCAAGCCAUUGGCGAGACCAACCAAGGGGACUUGAGACAAUGGAACAUCUUAAAGAGGCUCACAUGAUUACGCCUCGACAUAUGCUCUCCUGCGAGCAAGCACCUUAUGGCUAUGCUUGGGUUACCCGUCAGGGUUCGGCAGAUUUAGAUGUGCGUAUUCGGCAAUGUCUCGCAAUCGUGUAA